UUUUUGACGCGAGCGAGUGUUUCGAGAGUUUCGCGGAGUGUCGGAAGUGAAGUAAAUACCGCGCGGAAAGCGCGAAUUAUCGACAGACGCCGACGACAGAUGGCGAGCCUCGGAAUGGCGCCAACGGAAAAUUAAAAAUCCAUACGACGAGCGCCGGCGCCGGCUCAGCCGGCUCUACGAUGAGUGACGUCACGCUCUCAUCCCCGAGAGAAGCAUCCCCCGGCAGCGGAGAGGAUGGCAGCAGAUGGCGGCUCACCCCCGUCCGAGCCGGACGACGACGUUGUGUCGCGGAGCCAGAGGCAGCGGGGUGGAGCGCGGCAGCGCGCGAAGUGAUCGACGUGAAGCGAGCAUCAGUAUCGCCGCCCUGAAGAUUGCUGCGAAGCGGGGACGGUUCACGGUUGACGGCGCUGCGCGCUCGCGACGUGACGACGACGACGACGACGACGACGACGACGCCCGUCGGCGGUGACGGCGGAAACGAGGACGGUCCGACGGCGACGGCGGCGGCGGCCGGGGUGCAACAAGCGUCCGCGCCGGGCAAACAUGAGCGAGUCGAAUUCGCGGCUGGUUGCGAGGCUCGACCUGUGCGUCGCGAAUCGCGCCGAGUUCGCCGGAACAGAUGUACGUCGGAAAGCAAAGGACAUGGCACACCUGUAGAUACGAAAUGCCGGACUAGCGCGAGAAGCGAACGGCCGACCAGUAGAGGCAGAGCAAGUCAGAAGCAGAGCAAAGUAGUGAAGAGAAGGUAGAGAGCAAGCACGUAGAGUGAGGGAGAGAAAGUGAUAGAGAGAAAAAAGAGCAUCCCAAAAAUUUGCGUUGCGCAAAAUUAGCAGAGAGAAUGAGUCACGCUCAACAGCAUGUGCUUGCGAGCGCGAUAGUCCUCGCGCUGUUAGUGGUAUUCGGCAUCCACGUCUUCCUGUUUCCCAUGUACACGUCGACCCCGCCGGCGCGUCACAUGAAGAUCUCCGCGUACGAGCAGGCACUCUGUCGCUCGAACCUGAAGAACCACGUCCGUAUACCGGCAUCGGAGUUGCGCAACAAUCCUUGCCCCAAGUAUGGCAUAGUCUCAGCGAUGCAGGGCGGUAGACUGGGUAACCAGAUCUGGGAAUAUGCCUCCGUGUGGGCAACCGCCCGGAGAACCGGCUUGGAGCCGUUCAUGCCGCGCUGCAUCCUCAAAACCCUAGAGGAGCACUUUGAGAAUCUCAGCAUCCCGCCACUUAGCUACAUCGGUAGGUGUACUUUGGACGUUGGUCAGGUUGUUAAUUCGCUCGGGCAAUGGAAUAGCACGGAGCAAAACAUCAUUAUACCCAGGCACGCGGCUUAUUGGUCUUUGAUACUGGUCUGGUUAGAUGAUGUACGGCGGGAGUUCACGUUCAAACCGAGUCUACGGAUCUACGCGGAGAAAGUAUUGAAACGCGUGGCGGAAAAAUUCAACCUGUCUUCACCGACCUACGUCAGCGUACACGUGCGCAGAACCGAUUACGUGGAUUAUCUUUGGCAGAAGUUAAAGACGCGGCCAGCGCCGGUAAGUUAUUACCUGUCGGCGAUGGAUUACUUCGCCGGCAAGUAUAACAACGUGAUCUUCGUAGUGACGAGCGAUAAUAUCGUCUGGUGUAAGUAUAACUUGCACAACAAUCGUCACAGAAUCAGCUUCGUGUCGGAAAACUAUGGCAAAGGCCCAGGGAAAGAUCUGGCGGUUCUAUCCGCCUGCAAUCAUAGCAUAAUAGAUUAUGGUACUUAUGGCUCCUUCGGAGCCAUUCUGGCCGCCGGUGAAACCGUAGUUUACAAUGUAACAACAUACUUUUCUACAUUAAUCGCUGAUGUGCUACCAAACUGGAGAAUAAUGAGUUGAACGAGAAAAUCAUAUAACGCAUAAAACUAACAGAACGCAUUUAUGUUACAUCGUAUGCGCACAUUUUUUUUAAUACAUAAUUUUUUUUAAAGGCGAUAAAUUAUUCUUGGAAAACUUUUAAUUAAUUUAUAACGAGAGAGUUUCCGAAAACUUACGAUUCUUUUUCAAUAUACCAAUGAAGUACAAAAUUUGCAAUUUACCGUUUAAAUUAAUUAACAGAACUCUUAUCAGAUCACAGACCAAGUGUGCACAAGCCACACGGAUAAUCAUUAUAUAUUUACAUCAUUAUAUAUUUACAUGUUAUCUAUGCAAGUAUAGUAAUUUUGAACUACUUGAAAGUGUAUCUUGCCUUUCUCCUAUCUAGAUAAUAUAUAUAUGCUCAUAUAUUUUCCUUUUAUUUAUCAUACAAAUGAAUAAGUAUCUCGCUAGUAGUAAAAUUAAAUGAAAGUGUGUUGCUACAUCACAUAAAAUUUUAUAUGUAUAAACGCGUUAUACUGUAUAACGAUAUUAAGCAUAUAUUACGCUCAUUUAAAUUUAGUGUGCGCACACAAGCUAGGAAUCGAUGCACCUGUAAACGUAGCGAGCGAAUUUUUCAAGGAACUCAAGGAAAAGGUUACAAUGGAACAAUGGACCACUAAUAUUUAAAAUUAAAACAGAUGCUUAUUUUUUCUACGAUUCUGAUACACACUCGACACGGCCGUAAAAAUUUAAUGAAAAUUAAAAAAAAAAGUGGAUGUCUUUUCCAGGAAAGGUAGUAACCAAACGAGCCUAAUUCAAAGAGAGAGAAAAAAAAACACGCGUACAGAUAAAUUCUAAAUUUUGCAGUGCUGAGAAUUAUAUCUGGUUAAUCUCUUAGUGUUUCGCGUGAUCUUUUCCGAGAUUUAGAUUUUUUAUAUAUUAUUUCAUAAUUUAUGUAGUUUUCUAUAAUAUAGCCUAGUGUUGUGGGGUUUCAAGUUGAUUGUGUUUACACGUUUCAAUAUGCAUUUCAUAUCCUAGCAAGCGUGUAACAUACACUUUAUCGACACGAAACCGACGUAUUGACAAAAACCAUCUGUAAAUCUUAUAAUGUACAAUGAUUUCAACUGUGAUUCUAUUUCUUAUUGUGCCAAAAUUCUUAAUAUACACAUAAGCAUAUAUAUGUAUAUAUAUACACACACACAUAUAUGUAUUAUAAAAUUAUAUCUAUACAAAGUGUUGUAUAAUAUUUACAAAUCUGUGAGCAAAUGAUAAAUUAUUUCUUCACUUAACCGUAAAGUAUUAUAAAAUGAAAAAGUUCACAGACUAUUACUAUUAUUACGCGAGAAACGGAUGGGGAAAUAUUUUACAUAAAGCCAGUGUUUGAAGUUUAUUAACCAUGUGACCUGAUGUAUUUGACUUACAGUGUUUUACAAGUUAGACUAGUCAGUGUCUAAUAUCUAUAUGUUAAUAUCUAUAUAUGAAUGUAUCUUCAAUGUAUUUGUGCCUGUCAGUUGUUAGAUAUGUAACAAAAUAUUGAAGCAUAAAGGAAAAUUAUAUAAUUAGUAUGGAAUCAUAAAAAUGUAUGAGUUAUGUGCAAUAUCAGAUUUUUCAUUGUCAACAUUAACUGCGACGAAAGAUAUAGAUAGAAACAUGAAAGCGUAAAUAUGUUGAAUAAUUGCUGAGACUAUACAACUUCCAGGCAUCGAUACAGUCUACUCUGUACAUUCUCUGUGAUAAUUUUAUGUAAUUUUUGAGGACAUAACGCAUAAGCUAAAAUGUAUUUGUUUUACAGAAUAAAAAUACUCUGUGUCAAAAUUAA